AUGACGAACGUCGCUGCUCCGGUUCGGGGACCCUGGCGAUCCCUGAAACAGAAGCUGGGCAGCCACCCUACGCAGGCCUCCAUUGCAGCGCUGGAGGGGACUACACCGCAAUGCCUGGUGUCUUCGAUCCAAGACCUGGAGGGCACCUGGCACGUCACCAGCCCGCAGGAAAACGCUCAGAAAGGGUUGCUGCACGGAGACGUUCCCCGCAUGCUUCUGAAUCUCUACACCGGCGACAUUGGGAGGAUGCUGAGCAUGGACGUCGUUGCUUCCCCGGUGCUGCACAUCGCCGCGGACGGGCGCACUACCACCGAGACACAGCUGAGGUGGGGCCAACAGCAGGACCACAUCACACUCCAAGGCCGCCUUCAGCUCGUCGGCCCCAACCGCCUCCGGGAGAAGCCGAAAGCCACGCGAUCAGAUGCGCUGAAGCUGACAAUGCCAGCGAUGCAGAGAGAUCGGGAGAUGAACAUCACGUACUUCGACGGUAGUCUCCUGAUCUUGCGGGACUCGCGUGGCAUCGUGGACGUGCUCUGGCGCGAGGAGAUGGAACUGGUGGAGGAGGACGAGGAUCUGCCACCACUGGACCCUGCAGGCAGUGCACCUCCCACGCCGGUGAACCAGGUCGAAAGCCUCUUAGUCAACGUCAAAACCCUGUCCAACUCACUGGAGGAGCUUCGCAAUCAAUCCAGCCGCGACAAGAAGGUUCGCCUCACGCUUUCAGACGAGAUCGUGAGGCUGGAGAAGGAGCUGGAUACAGUGACGGCCGCUGCACGGGCCGAUUCUGUCGCGGUGAAGGCGAUCGAGCGGCUCGGAGAGAAGGUGUCCGGCAUAUUCGAGGCUCAGAAAGAAAAGACGAACGAGAAGACACAGAACUACGAUGCUAUGCAGCUCGAGAUGGCGAGCCUUCGAGCUCGUGCGGAGGAGCUGGAGUCCAAUGUCUCGAGGUUCCGCGUGCGCGAGUCCAAUCUGAAAGAGGAGAUGCAGGUGUUGCAGAGCGAUCGUAGAGCAGGCAAGCGACAUUCCGACGAAGCGGCUGCCUACCGCGCAGCCAUGGAGAAGGCACAUGACGAGCUUCGUACGGUGAGGAACGAGCUCAAAAGUGCUACCAAGGAGGUAGGGCGUUUGUCGCACCAGCUCCGUGAGAAGAGUGUUGAGCUGGAUAGGGUGCAGAAGGCCAUGGGUGCGGAGAUCGACGCACGGAAGAGGACCAAGGACCAACUUGAUGACCAGCAACGCGGCUACGAGGAGGCACGGCAGAGACUUGCCCGUGCCGGAGAAGUCGAAGCUGCCCUCCGGCAAGAACUGGCGAAUGUGCGCUCGGAGCUUGAAGAUCUCGAGGAACGAGAGGCCAAGAGCAACGAGAUGGCGGCGGACAUCGAAGAGGAGAUGAACCAGUUGGUGAGGGAAGCCAAGAAGACAAUGAACGACUUGGGCGAGAAGAAGAAGCGUCGGUUCUGGGUGCGUCUACACUUCUUGGCAGAGAUGCUGCUGGACAGUGGCCAUCUACUGGAAGCUAUCAGGCACUUGCAGCAGGCGGUGAAGAUGGAUCCAGACUUGAAGGAGGCCCACAUUGCCCUGUGUAUGUCACUCGAGGAGGUUCGGGACGAUGAUGGGCUCCGAGCUGCGGUGGCGGCAGCCAUCGUGGAGGGUGGCCUCUGGUCCUCGCCAAGGCAAAGGCUUCGAGACCACCACAAGGACGGCUUCUACAAGCAGCGCAAAAUUGAUGCGAAUUCCUUCGCUGCUCCGGCGUUCGGCCGGGAAGGGGCAGAUUCCAGCUUGGACGUUCUGCUGGGUAGACGGAGCGAGGGCAACGAGGUGAUCGUCACCACCCUCGAGCGAGGAGAUCGGAAGACAUAUCCCUCAAAGGGUCAUCGGGUCAGGAUCCUGUAUGAAGGAAGGCUGGCCGCGACAGGCGAAGUUUUCGAUCGAAGCGGCGACGAAGGAAUCAUGUUCAGGCUCGGCAAGAUCGGCCCUGGUAGCCAGAUGCCAGGCUUUGAGGCAGCCGUGUACCAGAUGUCAAGAGGCGAGACGGCCCACGUCUGGAUCCCCGCUUGCCAGGCUUAUGGCGCCGAAGGUGGUCAAGGCUCUGAGCUGCCGGUGCCGCCGGGGGCUGACCUGGAAUUCCAGGUGACGUUACUCUGGAUCAGGAAAUCCUGCCUCUUCUCGAGCAUCCUCGCGGACCAAAGCCUCCCUGGGUGGGGGGCCCCGAGUGCUGCUUGGGGCGGCCACAGGGCCUCAGGACGCCAGGAUGGCGAAGCGGUCUUACGAGGCGCCUGGCACGAGGUGGUCCUCUUCGGUGCGCGCGGCGAGGACGGCCGGGCGCGAUGCUCGGCUGCUCUGAAGGCGAUCCAGGAUUUGCUGCCAGAGGCUGCUUCCCUGGCGGAGGCUGGUGCUGGAGAAGUUGUCCUAUCGGCACUGUCCCCGGGAACAGAUGUUCUUCGUCACUGUGGCAGGGCGAACCACCGCCUGACGGCUCACCUGGGGCUGAAGAUUCCGCAGGAGAUCUCAACAGGUCCAGACAACAAGCCUGCAUGUGGCAUCGCUGUUGGAGGCGAAUGGAGGUGCUGGGAGAAGGACAAGGUCAUGAUCUUCGAUGAUUCCUUUGAGCAUGAGGUGCGUAAUCAUGCGGGCUCCACGCGAGUGGUGCUGCUGAUCCGAUUCUGGCAUCCUUCCCUCGACACAUCCGAGAAGAGGGACAUGGCACUGGAAGAGAUCCAGGCAUCGCUGGCCCGUGCCCAGCGGCUCCGCACUUUGCCGCCCUUGGCGCCGGCCUUUGCGGAACCGGGCCCGACCUUGGAGGAACAGCUGCUGGGGCGCAGUUCUGGCACUUGUGCCAAUUGCGGCUCUGCAGAGGGUGGCGACUUGGUGUUGGACGAGGAGAACAGGCGAGUCAGGCUGGUUGGUCGCUGCUGCGGACACGUAGUUCUUUGA